AUGAACGGCGUCAUUGCCAGAACAAUUGCUUAUCUUAUCUUCCGCCCGCUGCAGGUGCUCCUGUGGUCGCCAUGGAGACGGCUCGCAUACGCGUACAUCCGCCGGCACAACGGUGUCCCAGCUAAGCUACGUGCAGUCAAGCAGCUGGCAGCUAACCUUGAGACAUCGCUGGACAACUACGAUCCGAUUCUGCUCCUGUCGGCCACUGAGCUGGCACGCCGCAUCCGUUCCCGCGAGCUGACUUCUGAGCAGGUCGUGCGGGUGUACAUUGGCCGCAUUCGCAAGGUCAACCCGUUCCUCAACGCUGUUGUUGCUGAUCGCUUCGAGCUGGCAAUCGAGGAGGCCCGCAAGAUCGACGCGGUGCUGGACAGCGGCGAUAUUCCUGAAGAAUACCGCAUUGAGAGUGCGCCGUUCUUGGGUGUUCCGAUCACCAUCAAGGAGUGUAUUCCGGUCGAGGGCAUGCCGCUCACCCUUGGAAUGCCCUGGCGCCAGGAUCCCGAAUACAGCCCAGCAAAGGAGUCGUGCAACAAGACCAAGAAUCUGGUCAGCGCCGGCUUUGUCAUUCUUGGUGUCACCAACAACCCGGAACUGCUGAUGGCCUGGGAGUCCGACAACACCAUCUACGGUCGCUCGUUCAACCCAUACGAUCUGAGCCGCAACACUGGCGGCAGUUCGUCAGGUGAAGGCGCCAUCGUCGGUGCUGGUGCCUCUGUUGUUGGCCUUGGGUCGGACAUUGGCGGCAGUAUUCGCAUGCCGGCAUUCUUCUGCGGCACAUUUGGCCACAAGACCACUGCGUCGUGGAUGCCCAAGGAAGUCAAGACCUGGGCAUCGCCGAGGACCAAGGAGAAGGCUCUCUGCGGCACUACCGGCCCCAUCUGCCGCUACGCCGAGGAUAUUGCGCCUUUUGUGUCGUCUCUAAUCGGCCGCGACAUUGGCGAUCCGCGCUCGGUUGAUGUGAGCAGCCUGAAGGUUGUUGCUUUCCCCGAGGGAUUUGGCUGGCAGCUCCUGAUCUCCAGCGUUGAGCCUGAUGUCCGCCAGUCCAUUGUCAACGUCGCCAACUUCCUGGGACAGCAGGUUGUCGGACAGAGCAAUGUUUCGUUUGCCAAGAUGCCCCGUGAGUUUGGCAUGGCCACCCAGCUCUACACCCCGUACCUCAACACAGGUGAGCUGUCCUUCUUCCAGGCCAUCGUGGGCCCGAAGAGCAAGCCAUUCAGCUGGAAAACCGAGCUCAUUCCGUUCCUGUGCGGAAAGUCAAAGCACACGUUCAAUCCGUUCAUCCUGGCGUGGAUGGGCGGCAACCCAGCAAAAAGUCUUACCCGCGAGAAGACGCUGCCGUUCUGGAACAAGGUCGACAAGUUCUUCACUGACCUCAUGGGCGACAACGGUGUCAUCAUCUUCCCGCCGCAUCCGCUGAAGGCCCAGCCGCACGGUAUCUCGUACUUCAACAUGCCCAACUUCAUUUACACCGGCCUGUUCAACAUUCUGGGCUACCCGGUGACCCAGGUCCCGGUCGGUCUCAGCGAGGACGGCAUCCCGCUUGGUGUCCAGGUCGUUGCCAAGAACGGUGAGGAUCUGAAGGCCAUUGCUGUUGCUCUGGUCCUGGAGAAGCGCUUCGGCGGAUGGGUCCCGCCCCGCCGCUUCGGUGCCCCGAUCACGGAGCAGGAGUCCGAGACACUCUAUGCCCACAAGAAGUCAAACUAA